AUGGGGGCAGUUUUUUACUCAACACGGCGGGGUGCACAACAUGGCAAGGAUGACCCUCACGCCGGAGGAGAUGGCGCGGAGGGCGGCGGAGAGCGCGGGAGGAGGAGGAGGAGGAGGAGGAGGAGGAGGAGGAGACUUCGUGUAUCAACUGCUGGGGCUGCCUGCCACUCAAACAAGGUACGCGCUUCAUCCCCGUGCUGUGGUGAUGGGGUUCGAAGGACCGCAUUGCUCGCCGUCAUUCCCAAGGGGUUGGACACAGAGGAGAAGCAGCUCGCCUACGUCGCAACCGCCAUGAUCUACACAGGCAUCGCUGUCUUCGUCAUCAUCAUGUCAGGGGUGCGGGUGGUCUACGGGAGGUACGCGACAGACUGCAGCUGGUUGUGGGGGUUCAAGAUCAACGCAAGGAUCGCAUGGUUCCUGCAGGAAGUACCGUGCGUGAUCAUUGGCAUGUCGAACAUCUUGACGGCGAAUCACGACGUCAUGCAGUCCACGGCCAACACGAUCCUGCUGGCGUUGUUCAUGGCGCACUACGUGAACCGGGCGCUGCUUUACCCAUGGCGGACGAGGGGAUCGAAGCCGACGCCGCUAUCGGUGAUGCUGAUGGCCUGGCUGUUCUGCGUCGUCAACGGCUACAUGCAAACUCGCAUGCUGACGCACGUGAAGAAGUACGAGGAGAGCUGGUUCAUCGAUCCUCGCUUCGGGAUCGGAGUUACCAUCUUCUUCUGCGGGAUGCUCAUCAACUUCCAGUCCGACGACAUUCUCAGGAGGCUGAGGAAACCAGGGGAAGUCGGAUACAAGAUUCCAAGGGGGGGGAUGUUUCGAUUCGUGUCAGGGGCAAACUUUCUUGGAGAGAUCAUUGAGUGGACGGGCUUCGCUGUUGCUUCCUGGACUCUCCAGUCUGCCGCGUUCGCCGUCUUCACCUUCUGUAACAUCGCGCCGAGAGCAUAUCACCAUCACCUGUGGUACUUGUCGAAGUUCCCGGACUACCCCAAGAGGAGGAAGGCUGUCAUUCCAUUCAUACUCUGA